GCGGUGACAGGAAUCAACAUGGCGGAAAAGGAGAAUCAAACUGUAUAACAAAAACGAAAGAAAACAGACUGGCUUACAGCCACUAGAAAUGGGAGUCACGAGAGUAUUUCCUUGGGAGAUUGCCGAGGGUAAGAGUGGCCAGCAAACAGUUGAAAUGCUACAAAAACGAGCUGAGCUACUUGGUGCCACCAAAACUGGUAAUUGGUGUGUUGACUGUGACACCUACAUGUCUUCAUCAAAUGUGUCUUCAUCAUCCAGCAAGUACAUUCAUCUUGUUCACAAUACGGAAUUCCCUUACACCUCGUUUGCAGUUCUUGAAAGUGGUACUUGUCUUGUUGCAAGUACUGGAUUUGAUUCUUUGAUGAUCAGAAUAAAAGCUUUUUAUGUUCAGAGAAAGGCUUCAAAGAUAGAAGUAAAGGGAACAAGAUAUGAACAUGGUGACUUUAUACUAAAAAUAGGACAGGUCCUUAUUGGCCCAAGCGUCAAGGGUGUGGUGAUAGAGCUUGAGUACCUUCCUUGUCAAGAUGUAGAUCAGUGCUGGAGUCUAAUUAUCGAAUGGGCUGCUAGCUUCCUUGGAAGUUCAUUCUCUGCUCCUUCAAUUCCCAAAACAUCCAACAAAGAAACUGGUUUAUUUCGCCCUUCAGACAUUAUACUUCAAUAUAUAGAUUUAUUUAAUUCGUAUAGAAAGGUACAGAGUGGGCCAUGACAUUCUCAUACAACUGGCAGGACUUAAUGUCCCUUUCUUAACCAACCUCGCAUUUUGCAUCAAGAAAUGUUCUUGAUUAAUAAUCUGUAUAUAAACUCUUAGACUCGCAAAGAUUGAGUGUAAAGAUUUGUUAAAGAACUUGUUGUCGUAUUA